UUCAGUUUGACAUUUAGCAGUUUCACAACUCAAUGGAGUUUUUACGUUGAAAAUUUUGAAAUCGUUUUUUUUUUGUUUUUGACUAUCGUCACUUUGAAUGUUAAUUUUGAACAAAUUCAUCGAAUGAAUUUCAAAAUCAAAUAAAAUAAAGUGAAAAAGAAACCAAAAAUAUCAUUAGCAUUUUAAUUGAGAUUGGAAACGGGAAAAAAACAAAAUUGCAAGUAGAAACAAGAACCGUCUCCAAUACAAAUAGAACAGUAGUAUGUAAAUGAUGCCAUUGAAAGUGAAGUUGACAAUGACGUCUAGAGUCUAGUAGAAUUCCAAAAAAGAAAACGAGCCAAAUUCCAUGCGCGCUUGGGAUUUUACAACAAAACGCACACACACACACAACCACACACACAUGGGCAACGACACACUCAACAAAUAUCAACAAAUCCAUGAGUAGUGUUAAUAAUACAAAGCACAUUUUGGCAUAGAAUAAAAAUCUGCUGUUAAGCAGAUGACUUUUUAAUCAAAUUAGAAGGCAACGAGUGAUAGAGAGAAGAAAAAAAUAAGUUACGAAAACUAUACAGCCGAAUUGAAUGUGUGGUAUUGGUCGAAAGUGUGCUUCAUAGAGUUUUAUGUGGUGUACUUGAAUAGUGUUUUCGUUCGAUCAAUUGCCACAGGACAUAGAUUGGUCAAAGUAAAGGAGGUACCCAAUAGUCGUAGUACGAAAAUUGAAACCAAAGCAAAAUCAAUAAAUGAAAUAUACGGGCAUGAGGGCAUAGUAUGAGAAGUCGAAUGUGUCCCAUUGUUUCGGAAUAGUGUGCUGUAACAGUAAUUUUAAAAUUCGAAAAAUAAAUAGAGUGUUUUCGUGUGGUGUGUGCAGCAACGGAAUUAGCAUUAAAUAAAAAAACACAUCGAUUUCACAAAAUGAAAAACCGAUCUCAAUCAGACGUGACGAGCCCAGAGCAGCCAAGCGCCACUGGCCUGCGACCCAAUGAUCCAUUCAUUUCGGUCAACGAACGGCCUGUCGAUGAUAUUUCCCUGGAUUUUUUCUACAAACCACACACAGUCACUCUACUGGCCGUGUCAAUCAUAUCGAUGAUGUAUUUUGCAUUCGUACGCGAUGAACAGGAUAAUCAAGGGAAUAUUUGGGCUGGCAUGCUCUGCGUCAUAUUCUUUUUCUUAAUCAUAUCGGUGCUUGCAUUUCCCAAUGGACCGUUUACACGGCCACAUCCGGCCGUUUGGCGGAUCAUUUUCGGUGUUUCUGUUAUUUAUUUAUUGUUCAUUAUAUUCCUAAUGUUCCAAAACUACAAAGUUAUCAUGGAGAUCUUUUAUUGGUUCGAUCCGAGUCUUCGAUCAUUUCAGAUUGACAUGGACAAGGACUACGGAGUGAACUGCUCGCAUGUGACAUUGGAGAGAAUUUGGUCGCAUAUCGAUGUGUUUGCCUACGGUCAUUUCUUGGGCUGGAUGUUCAAGGCAAUUCUCAUUCGUCACGUUGGAAUUCUCUGGGCAAUUUCGGUGAUGUGGGAAAUAACGGAGAUCACAUUCGCUCAUUUGUUGCCCAAUUUCAUCGAAUGCUGGUGGGAUGCAUUGAUUUUGGAUGUACUAAUUUGUAAUGGGCUUGGAAUUUGGUGUGGCUUGAAAAUUUGCAAAAGGCUUGAGAUGCGUGAAUACAAAUGGGCAAGCAUUCGGGAUAUUUCAACGACAACCGGCAAACUGAAGCGUGCUGUUCUACAAUUCACCCCAGUCUCUUGGACAACGAUGCGUUGGUUGGAUCCAAAUUCAACGUAUAUGCGACUCUUGUCAGUGUCACAAUUGGUGGUAUUCUGGCAAGUUACCGAACUCAAUACAUUCUUUUUGAAGCAUAUUUUCGAGAUGCCACCAUCACAUCCGAUCGUUGCCAUUCGCUUAAUAUUUAUCGGUUUAAUUGUGGCGCCGUCCGUUAGACAAUACUAUAUCUAUGUAACGGAUCCAAAUUGCAAGCGACUCGGCACUCAAUGCUGGGUAUAUUGUGCUAUCAUGGUGUCUGAGGCCAUACUUUGCAUCAAAAAUGCACGCGAAUUGUUUGAACGAACACAAGCUGUCAAUAUCAUUGUUUGGUUGCUGAUUCAACUGAUCAUCUCGAUUAUUUUCGUGUACGGUUGUAUCUUGUACCAUCGGUACACACAGAAAGAAUCGACUGAAGAAGAAGAUGCUCUAGUCAAUGACGACUUGAAAUAUACAAAAGAACAAAGCAGCGAAAAUUCCACUGAAGCCGAACAGGGAAAAACACUCAAAGCCGACUAAAUUAAACCAAACCAAAUCAAAAAAAAGACAAGGAGAACUAAUUCCUUGCAUUUCUAUUUACUUCGAAAAAUUACCGCAAUUGGAAAAAAAAAUCAUUUUUUUACCAAAACUUUAAAAAAAAAAUCAUGUUGGAAGUGAAUGUGUGCCCCCUCGAACUGAAUGAAAUAUCGGAAGAAGGAAAAAAAAACAAUGUCAACUGAUGCCAUAAUGUCAACUGAACGUAGAAUUAUUACUAGUGAGGGCAUUGUGAUAACAAAAUAAAUACAGAGCUAAUUGUAUGAAUUGGAUUAUUUGUAAAUAAAGAAGAAAAGCAUUGAUUAAGACUUUUCUGAUAGACCAAAUAAAAAUCACAAAAACAGCGAUGAGCCAAGCAAAUCCACUUAAAAUUAUUAGACUCAAAUGAAAUACUAAUUAGUGAAAUCAAAGUAGCAUUUAAAUUAAAUUGAUUACACACAAAACCAAAAUAUUCUCAAGUGUCUCGACUAUCUGAUAUGAAUGUAUGAAAAUAAAAGAAAAUCGUAUCUUUUA